AUGGAUAACUGCAAUAUAGCUAGUUGGAAUGUUAGGGGUGUUAAUGACAAGAAUAAACAAAACUCUGUUCUAGAGUUUUGCAGUCUGAAUAAAAUUGGAGUUGGGGCCUUGCUUGAAACCAAGUUAAAGGAUAACAAGAUUAAAGAGAUGAUGGUGAAUAAGUUCAGUAGUUGGGAUUACUAUAGUAGCCCGACCAUUGAAGGUCGUUUGCUUAUUAUUUGGAGGAAAAGUUUUGUUAAGGUGAUAGUCUUGGCUGAAUCUUCUCAGUUUGCUCACUGUUAUGUGAAAAUGUCAGGUCAGGAAGUAGCGUGUUGUAUUACGUUUGUAUAUGGUUUGAAUACCAUUGUUGAGAGGAAAAAUAUUUGGGUGGAUUUAUUGAAUCUCAAGUUUCCUGUGAAGCCUUGGCUGCUUCUAGGUGAUUUCAAUGCUGUUUUUAAUAGUGAAGACAGAGUUGGGGGGAAUCCUAUCUCUAUGAAUGACUUGUCUGAUGCUUCUCUUUGGCAAUCUCAAGUUCAUAUGGAAGCUCUCAGAAGGUCGGGCUUGAAUUUUACUUGGUCUAACAACCAAGAUGGUGCUAGUAGAAUUUAUUCUAGAAUAGAUCAUGCAUUUGCCAAUGAGGAAUGGCAUGACAUUUUUCCCAAUUCUACUACCCAUUUUGCUUGGGAAGCAAUUUCUGACCAUUGCUCUUGUGUGGUUUCUGCCACUAUCUCAGAGAAGAUAGGUCUUAAGCCGUUUCGUUACUAUAAUUUCUGGGCUGAACACCCCGAGUUCAAGGGGUUAGUUGCUGCCAGUUGGGAGAAGCCGUUGGCUGUUAGGGGAUUGAAAGCUUACCUUGAGGCCAAAGCCAGAUUUUCUGAUGCUAGACAGCAAGCUCAGGCUCACCCGAGGGAUAUCACUUACCAGGAUAUGGAAAAGUCUGCUGCUGAGGUUUUACACAACAAAGAAAAGAUGUAUUUCAGUUUUUUGAGACAACGGAGUAAGAUUAAAUGGCUUCAACAAGGGGAUGAGAAUACUUCUUUUUUUCAUGCUUUUUUGAAGAAAAGGAAGGUGGAGAACAGGAUAGCUUAUUUCGUUACUAAUCAAGGUGUCAUUAAUGAUAAUUUUUCUGAGGUUGUUGAUCAUUUUGUUAACCACUUUCGUGGUUUUAUGGGUAGUAAAAAUUCAACCAUAUACAACUGCAUUUCAAAACUGAUGUGUUUGAGGCUUGCGGGAGUGCUUCCUUCCUUGGUCAGCCAAAACCAAGGAGCCUUCAUCAAGGGUAGAUCAUUUGCUCACAAUGUGAUGAUAUUGCAAGAUCUUUUAAAGAACUAUAAGAGAAAGACAGUUUCUCCUAGAUGCACCAUCAAAAUAGACAUAAGCAAGGCUUAUGAUACUGUUAACUGGGACUUUCUUGAGGAUUUGCUCAAAGCCUACAACUUGCCUGAAAAAUUUGUUCGAAUGGUUAUGAUUUGUAUUCGGUCAACUACUUAUUCUAUCACAAUGAAUGGGAGGGUGCAAGGUAGUUUCAAGGGUGAGAAGGGGUUGAGGCAAGGUGACCCUUUAUCUCCUUUACUCUUUGUCUUUAUCAUGGAGUAUCUAACCAGAAGGCUUCAGCUUGCUGCUUCCCAGACCUUAUUCAGAUUUCAUCCUUUAUGUAAGAGUCUAAAGCUCAUAAAUCUCUGCUUUGCAGAUGAUUUAAUUUUGUUCAGCAAAGGCACUCGACAGUCAGUGUUAGUUAUUCAAGAGGUGCUUUUGGAGUUCAGUAAAACUACUGGUUUGCACGUCAAUAAGGACAAGUCCCAGGUGUUUUUCGGUGGUGUCAAUUCCUAUGAGAAAAAUGCUAUCCUCAAUGAUCUCCAACUCACAGAAGGUGUUUUCCCCUUCCAAUAUUUGGGAGUGCCUCUUAGGCCAACCAAGUGGAAAGCUGAAGACUGUGGCAUUAUCAUCAAGAAAAUAAAUCAGAGGCUGCAUUCUUGGGCUAGUAGACACUUAUCAUUUGCUGGAAGAAUGCAGUUGAUUCAUUCUGUGUUAUUUGGUCUUCGCAAUUACUGGAUGAGCAUUUUUGUGCUGCCUCACAGUGUGACUAAGGAGGUUGAGAAAUUGUGUAGAGGCUUUCUUUGGGGUGUUAAUGGAAGUAGGAGUAAAGUUCAUAUAGCAUCUUGGGACAAGGUGUGUCUCCUGAAGUCUUAUGGGGGUCUUGGGUUCAAGAAUGGGACAAAGUGGAACCAGGCUAAUCUUGCUAAGUUUAUCUGGGCCAUUACUGAAAAAAGUGACUUACUGUGGGUUAAAUGGAUCAAUUCCAUUUAUCUUAAGGAUAUCUCUUUCUGGUCUUAUGAGCUCAAACUAGACACGAGCUGGUACUGGCGUAAGCUCUGUAACUUGAGGCUUCGCUUUACCUGUUCUGAGAUUGCUGCAGCUGGUUGUUCGGGUAAGUUCAAGGCUUCAGCUCUGUAUAACAGUUCCUUAAAUCAAACUCAGGUUUGCUACUACUUUAAAGCUAUCUGGAACUCUUAUAAUCUGCCUAAGCACCGGUUUUUGUGUGGCAAGUGCUGCAGUUUUUCUGGUAAAGUAGUAGAUCAGAUCUUCAAUUGGUUAGGCUUGACUGCUUGGCCUAAGGAUUUCAGUAGUUGGAUCAAUUGGCUGAAUCUGAAAGUGGCUAGUUUGAUUCACUAUAUCAAUGUUGCUGUUCUUGCAGCAGUCAUAUACUAUCUCUGGAUUAAUAGAAAUAGGUGUAUAUUUGAAGGCUAUUCUCAUUCGGUUUCCUUCAUUGUGAAUGAAAUUAGAGAUACAGUGAAAUACAGAUAA